CAUCCGCCAAACAGCCGGUGAAACCGGUUCCGUUUGCCAGCUGCCCCCUCGCUGAAGACGACUCGAGACGCAGGAAUCAGCAGCGGGAGAAGCCACAGAAGCGGCGAUCCAACCAACAUGGCCCCCUCGGCUCGGCCCAGCAACACCGGACUCGGGUUGGAAGAAGAUGAGUCCUACUAUGGGAUUCAGAAGGCGGACAGGAAGACCAGGAAGCCUCUGGUGGAGAAGAAGAGGCGAGCUCGCAUCAACGAGAGCCUGCAGGAGCUGCGGACGCUGCUGGCGGACACAGACUUCCAUUCCAAAAUGGAGAACGCGGAGGUGCUGGAGAUGACGGUGAAGAAGGUGGAGGACGUCCUGAAGAACCGAAGCCAAGAAACAGACACACUCAACCGAGAAGCCAGCGAGAGGUUUGCAGCCGGCUACAUCCAGUGCAUGCACGAGGUCCACAUGUUUGUGUCCAGCUGUCCUGGGAUAGAUGCGACGGUGGCAGCGGAGCUCCUCAACCACCUGCUGGAGUGUAUGCCCCUGAACGAGGACCACCUCCAGGACGCGCUGAUGGAUCUCAUCGCAGACACUUCCGGGAGCAACGGCAGCGCCCCCUCCUACCUGGUCUAA